UGCUGGUUCGGAACCGUGUGGCACUUAUGGAGAGUAUUAAAGCAAUUAGCAUUCUUAGGGCACUUCAGGCACUUUCACGAUACUACUUACCGAUCUUACCGUUUUCCUUUCAACUUUGAGCACUGAAUGUGUGACACUUGAUCUGUGCCGCUUUUCAAUGAACCUGACGCCAACUGGGGCCACUGUAAUCUGCCUUUAGGUAUGCCUCUCCCCAGGGAAUCUUUUUGAGGCCAGCAUGGGUAAUUAUGUGUCGCUGUGUAUGUGGCGCACUUCAAUGACAUCAGUCAGCUCGUUCCACUCCAGCUUUUGUUGCAAGUGACGAUGCUGCGGCGAUGCUGGCAGCUGGGCCGGCGCCAUGCAUCCAGCAGCCGUGUGCGUGAACACCGGGGUCCGUAUGCCGUGCUGAAUGAUGCAGACGUGGCCACUUUUGAGCGUCUGCUGGGACCAUCGGCUGUGCUCACCGACCCUGCAGACACUGAAGCCUUUAAUGUGGACUGGCUGCGCACCUGCCAUGGAUCGGGGGCUGCUGUCCUUCUUCCAAGUUCUACGGAGGAGGUGUCUGCAGUGCUGUCACACUGUCAUGGCCGCCGCUUGGCCAUCUGCCCACAGGGAGGCAACACAGGCCUUGUGGGUGGAAGCGUGCCUGUCUUUGACGAGCUGGUCCUCUCAACAGCACGCAUGGCCAAGGUGAACACCAUCGACCCCUUGUCCGGUGCAGUGUCAUGCGAGGCCGGCUGCGUGCUGGAGGCACUGGACACGCAGGUAGAGGAGGAGGCAAUGCUCGCAGUUCCCCUCGACUUGGGUGCCAAGGGCUCCUGCCAGAUAGGAGGCAACGUGGCCACCAACGCCGGCGGCCUGAGGCUGCUUCGCUAUGGUCCCCUGCAUGGUUCCGUACUUGGACUGGAAGCGGUGCUGGCAAACGGCACCGUGCUGGACACCAUGCAGACAUUACGCAAGGACAACACAGGCCUGGACCUGAAGCAGCUGUUUAUUGGCUCCGAGGGCAUCCUGGGCAUAAUCACACGCAUUGCCAUCCAGUGCGUACCUCGCCCAUCCUCUGUGUGCGUUGCUUUCCUCGGCUGCCCUAGUUUCAAGGCCACGCUGCAGACUUUCCACAUGGCACGCCGGCAGCUGCCCGAGUUCCUCUCAUCCUUUGAGGUGAUGGACGCGGAGUCAAUGCGCUGCGUCCGAGACAACUUGCGCCUCCGGAUGCCCUUGGAAGGGGAGCACCCUUUCUAUCUGCUCAUUGAAGUGGCUGGCUCGAAUGACAACACCGUGGAAGAGAGCCUGUUGCAGUUUGUGGACAGCUGCAUGGGCCAUUCUCAUGUCUCAGAUGGAACGAUGGCCAAGGAUUCAGCACGUGUCAAGGAAUUGUGGCGCCUGCGUGAGAGCAUCGGUGAAGCACUGCGUCAUGAUGGCUAUGUGUACAAGUAUGACAUCUCGGUGCCACUGGCCUCAUAUAUGGAUGCAGUGGCUCUGGUACGCGAAAAGGUGCAAGACAGCAGUGCCAUACGUGUGUGUGGCUUUGGGCACAUGGGCGACUCCAACUUGCACCUGAACAUUACUGCCGCUGGCUGGGACGAGGCACUGUUGACGCGCAUUGAGCCAUUUAUCUACGAGUGGACAGCUUCUGUGCGGGGGAGCAUCAGCGCCGAGCAUGGAAUUGGUCUACACAAGAAACGGCACCUGCACUUGUGCAAGACGCCUGCUGCCCUGGAGGCAAUGCACAACCUCAAAAGGACUUUCGACCCUCUAGGAAUUCUUAACCCAUACAAGAUGCUGCCUACUUUGUGACUGGGAAUGUGCCUUACCUGCUGUGGUAGGCAUGGCAGUGCUGCGAAAUAGGGACCUCAGUGUGACAUUUCUUGGAAAAGGCAGUGCUAUGUAUGUCACAGAUGUUUACGUGCAUAAUGAACAGUGCAAGAAAGACGGGGACUAAGAAAAGAAAUGGACAUGACAGGCACUGCAUGUCCAUUUUAUACCUAGUGUUUACCCUCUACCUUUGUGCAAUAGGCUCUUUUGUCGUAUUAUUAUGCAAGGGUGCUUUUUCUUUAAGCAUAAGCCUUUUGCACAAGUAUGUGGAGAUAUAUUUAACCCUUUGAGGGUCGAUUUUUUUCGCCACAUGCGACCGCUCAGGGUCGAUUUUUUUUAUUGCACAUUUAAAUUCUUCAGAGGGAGCUAUUUCGAAAAAAAACUGCUGUAAUUUUUCUAGGGUGACCGUAAAGUGAGAAAAAAAUGUUUGGCGUUGGCAUAUAUGGACUGUUUGUUCAUGAAAAACAAUAAAAAAUAGCAAAUAAAGUUAUAAGAUUUUUUAAAAAA